CACACAUUCACAAGCCCACACUGUCAACAUGGCUUUUGGCAAUUUCAUUUCGCUCUUCUUCACAGGCAAGCAUGCGGAGACGGUCAACGCGAUACAGGACUCUCAAGGAAGCGCUGCGCCUCGUCAGCUUCGACGCCGUUGCCGGAUCCUGUCUUGGGACGUGGUCCGUUCGGACUACCUCGAUGGCCUCCUCGGUGAACUUUCGGGAGGGCUCAAGUCUGGUGGGUUACACCUGCCUGAGCAAACUCAUACCGUGAUCCGCGAAGCCUUUGAUGAGGAGACUGAGAAGGUGAAUAAAUUGACGACAACAGUGGAGCAGGACGAUGACGACACGGACCAUUCUGAACCAUCCGAUGACGCCGAAGAGACAGAAACGGAUUACGAUGAAGAUGAGGAGAGCCGGCAGAUGGCGGAAUUCGUUUGGGGUCCUUUCCGGUCGAUUCCCGAUGAGCGCUUCGUCGACCUCCUCCAUCGCCUUUUCCGCAUCGGUCUCACCAAAGACGGCUCGGGCUACAAGGUCGAAAAACGUACAGAAGGCUCCUUUCACCACGUCGUCAUUCUCAGCAACGGCUCAGAAAAGAUGGUGAUCAAGGUUCCAAUGGUUGGCACCGCGGAGCGUUGGCAGCGUGGCCAUGCAGCAAUCAUCCAAUCUGAGGCAGAUACCAUGAUCCACAUCAAGCAUAAGCUUCCCAACUUCCCAAUUCCAGACGUCUACGCAUAUGACGUCGGCUUUGAGAACGAGAUUGGCGCGCCCUUUAUGUUGCUCUCCUACUCCUCCGGAUCGCCUGCCAACCACAUUUGGUUCGAUGCUCGUGGAGAUGAAGAGGAUGACGAGACAAUGAACAACACCCCGACUGAAGAGCGCGAAAAGUUGCGGAUUAACUUCCUCAAAUCAUUGGCCAAAGCCAUGGCUGAGCUUCGCCACCUGGAGUUCAAUGCCUGUGGUAUGGUCUACCUUCAAGACAACGAUCCAGACAAGCCAGUUAUUGGACCAUACCAUGGGUGGAUGACAUUGAGCUUUGAUCGCACGCGUCGCAAAUACUGGGAGCGUCCGGUCUUUGAGACGGCAGCCGAGUACUACAUGACACGCUUACACGAGAAGUUCGGAAGCAAGUACGCUGUCGGUAUCAGCAAGAUUCUCAGCAUGGUAUACAGUUCUCCACCCCUCUCGGCCUCCAAGAAGCACGACGCCGACCCACAUGAGACUUUUGUCCUACAACACAAUGAUUUUGACUACCAAAACAUCCUCGUCUCUGAGACUGGUGAAAUCACCGCGAUCUUGGACUGGGAUGGUUGCGGUACCGUGCCUCGGUGCGCGGGCUACUCCAACGUCCCUUUGUUCCUUCAGUCCGACUGGCAAGCGCACUACGAUAUGUCGGAUCCAAAAACUCUGACUACUUGGAAUCUGAACAAGUAUCGACGGGUCUAUUCUGAAGCCAUGAUUGAGGCAUGUGGCGGCAUUGACAGCGACGCUAAGUACACCGAACAGUCCGCUCUUUACGCCGUCAUCCACGACAUCCUCUUUGGGGAAAAUUCCGGGACCCGGUACCGGGCGGAGGAGUUCAUCGCGAAGCUGAUGCAUGAGAUUCCGCUGUUUCGGCUAACUGAGAAGCCAGAGGAGUUCACGAAGAAGUUGGGAGAUGGCUGGCCGGAGGUGGAGGAAGCACUCAAAGAGUGGAUUCCCAGGAUCCUGGCUCGCAAAUAG